AUGGACAAGCAUCUAAUGUCUUUACCUAAUCUUUGGAGAAUCUACUCCUCAUUCCGGACACCUGAAGAAGAACGGCAAUUUUCUCGAGCAGCAUUCUUUAAAUUCAGUGGUUACAUUCUCUCUUGCAUUGCCAUGACCGUGCUGGCUUCACGUUAUAGCAACAAGACCAAAUGGGUGACUGCCUAAGGAUCCUUCUCUUACUCUUUUUUCUUAUUUACUUUGGAAUGAUCGCACAUUAUGGACAACCAAUACAAAUAUUCAGGAUUAGAUAUUAUAGAAAUUGAAACUGGUGGUGUUUACUGCAGCAAAGAAAAAAAAUGCCCUCUCGUUCCUUGCGUAUCCAGUGAAAGAAGAGCUCAGCUAAAAUUGUACUGAUUCUUUGUGGCAAUAUCUAGCUCUCCUCUCUUAGUUUGAAAUCAAUAAAAAUAUAUCUAUACCUCUUGACACUUUCUACUAUACAUAACAGUUAAACUAUUAUAUAUUGAAGACUGAUAAAAUAAAAUAAUUUUUUUGAAAUUGCUUGAGGUAUAGAAUAUUUUCCUAUAUUUACAAAAGC